CCUCUCUCUUCAAGGCGACAAAUAGCAUGAGGUGCGGGCUAUGCUGAGCCCAGCCUUCACGUCCAGCAAGAUGAAGUACAUGUUGAAGCUGAUAUCGGACUACACCAUCGACUUCGUCAAAUUUCUCACGCAACUGCCGAUGGAGCUGAGGGUGAUAGAAACGAAAGACAUCUUCAUGAGGUACACCAACGACGUGAUCGCUACCUAUGCCUUCGGCGUCAGCGUUGAUUCUGUGCAAGAUCUGAAAAAUCUUUUUUACAUAUACGGCAGAGAGGCAUCAACUUUCAACAUCGUCACUCUGCUUAAGACUGUCAUGUUCAAGCAACUGCCGUGGAUAGCGCGGUUAGUCAGACUGAAAUUCAUCAAGCAGAAGAUCAUCAAUUUCUUCCGAGACUUUGUGGAGACCACUAUCAAGAUUAGAAACGCGCAAGGUAUUGUUCGGCCAAACAUAAUGCAACUGAUGAUAGAAAAUAGAGAUGAGAAAGAAAGCAAAUUGACGAUUGAGGACAUGAUGAGCCAAGCAUUUAUCUUCUUCUUCGAUGCCUUCAAAAGCUCCUCAACGUUGAUGUGUUUUGCCGCGCACGAGAUUGCAGUGGACAAGGACAUGAGGAAGAGACUCCAGAACGAGAUCGACCAGGUUCUGGAGGACACAAAUGGCCAGUUGUCGUAUGAAGCGACCAACAGCAUGGAAUACUUAGAUAUGCUGAACGAAACUCUUAGAAAAUACCCAUCCUUCUUGAAAACGGAUAGAUUGUGUCAGAGGGAUUUCGAGUUGUCACCAACGUUACGGGGCAGGAAGCCCUACACCGUGAAGAAAGACGAUAUCGUGUGGUUACCCAUUUACGCGCUCCACAAUGAUCCCAAAUAUUUCAAGGAGCCGGAGAAGUUUGAUCUUUGAUCGAACGGUUUCUCGGCGAGUAGAAGAAAAA